CGGCAAGCCAGAAACAAUACUCAACCGUGACUAAACCUCUGCAUCUGGCUGUUGAACACAUUUUUCUCAGCCACUCUUUAAAAUAUUAUAUUUCAUAGUCACAAAGCAUUUUAAUUCAUGACCAUGUGGUUUAUUUUUAAUGUCAGUAUUAUCAUUUACAGAGUUUAACUUGAAUUAUAUGGUGAAGUUCUCAAAUGUUACUUAUGUGAUUUUUGGCUCAUGUGUUAUAACCUGUAGACAGCUUGUUCUUACAAUGUGCUUCUAAAUCUUAAUAACUUUAUAGGCUCUAUAUAUAUAUAUAUAUACGUAGAAACACCCAAUAUAGACAGGAAUAUGCACAAAGAAAUACAUGUUUUUAUUGUAAUAUAAAUGAACCGAUGAGGUCUGGCUGUAUCUUGAAUUUCAGCACCUUGGACAGAGUCAGACCCCGUCGCGCGCUUCUGCUCUCCUCCUGACCACAAAUGACCAGCCAUGCAGAAAUCCAUCACGACAGCAGCUCCUCAGCUCACUUUACUCAGGUGCACUUAAAAAACAAGUCAUUUGACAGUCAAAGUAUCACCAUCCACUGAUCACCCGUCUGUUCCAACUUUGGAUAUAUUUUCUUUGAGACUAAGUUCAUGACUUUGCAACAGCAUCAAGAUCAUCUUUUGUGAAUGAAAACUUUGGAGAGACAAAGAAACGCCUCACUUUGUCCUUCGGAUCUACAGCACCUUUACUCCAUUCUUCCUUCCAGUUCAGAAUUGCCUCAUUUACAAGCAGUUUAUGCAGCUCCACUGACGUCAAUGGAGCUGUGUGUGAUGUAUAUAACCAUUGAGCUACAGGAGCUCCACUCCAGUCUGUCUGCAAACACUCUUCCUUACAAGUUCUUUUGAAGCAACAGAAGACGAUCGACUAACACACCUGGGUGGUGUUUUCCUCAGGAAACGCGCGGCUGUGUCCAGCAUGAAGCCCGUCCCUUUGGUCCUGCUCAUUACUUCAGUCUUACUGACCACCCACAUCCCGCUGAGCACCUGUCGACCCCGCGAUUUGAGCCUCAUGAGCAACCAGCUAGACGACGCGCUCUUAACCAGGGCUGGAGACGACGCCAUGUCGUACCUGGUGGGCGAAAAACUCCUUCAGUAUUUGCAAAGAAACGUCGGAGCGCAGAAAGCAGGUGGUGUCCUGCAUCUCCAGCACUUCCCCACGGCGCAGCUACGCUCUCCUCACGAGGACAACAGCUUAGAGGAGCUCACGGAGUUUUCCAAACGGAACGACGAUCCUCCGAUCUCCAUCGACCUCACCUUCCACCUGCUGAGAAACAUGAUCGAAAUGGCGCGGAACGAGAAUCAAAGGGAACAGGCGGAACUGAACCGCAAAUAUCUAGAUGAGGUUGGGAAGUAGCUGUAGUUCAAUGAAGAUGCUUUCAGUCGGCGAGUAAAGAACAAGCUCAGUGCACUCUUUCACACCCCCAAACUCUCGCUAAAGCAUACGACAGUCAUUCACCGAUGCCUCCUGCUCGACCCACACUCUUAGAAAUAAAGGUUCUUCAGUGGUUCUUUGGUUCAGCAAAGAACCUCCUUCUCGUUCUUGAGUUGGCUGUGGUUCUUUGGAGAUUAAAUAAAAAAAAAAAUCUUCUUCAGAUCAGGCUAUUGGUUUCUGGGUUCUUUAAAGCACCCCCGGCACGAAGAACUACAGAAUAGCCUAAAAGUUCUUCAAAAAGGUUCUCCUGUGGCAUCAGGGUUAUGUGGAACCUUUAUUUUUAAGAGUGGCCAGAAGAGUUUCUGGUGACCUGCUGCUCUCUCCAUCACCUCUGGACCAUUUCAGAACUGGAAACCACAUGCAAAAGCCCUGCUCAGGACCUCGAAACGCUGUGCAGGGGGUUCAUACGUAACAACCAAAUCAAUCAAUCUGGUACCCUUUUAGUGUUUAAAGUUAUUGGCCUCCUAAUUAGUGUUAUGAAUGGAAGAAGUACUAUCACAAAUCCUA